CGCGUGGGUGGACGAGAAGAUCGCGCCGACGUGUGGACACCCAUCAAUGGAUACGAAUGGCCUGUUCCCGUCCCGAAGGAGAGUGACCUCAACCUGAUCCGCAUCGAGAUGCUCAACCUCGGACUGGAGUACGCGUGGUUGGACGUUCUGUAUUUGAGACAGGUGGGUGGACCAGGGGAGGAUGCACGUGCAGAGGAGUGGAAGCUGGAUGUACCCACCAUCGGAGCAGUGUAUACUGAUGGCAGCCAUAUGGUGUGUUACUUGAGCGGGCUGGGUCUGCCUUUCACUUUGAAGGAGGGUGACUUGGACAGUGAUCGAUCUUGGUUUAGACGUGCUUGGACACUACAGGAGGUUGGCCAAUGGAGGGAGAUUGCUGGAGACACGCCGGAUGGACCAAUGCAUGCGGAGCGUAAAGAUGGGAAGUAUGAGACUGAACUGCUAACCAGGUUUCAUAAGCAGCUGCAAUCUAUGCAGGACAUGUCGUAUCGGGUGCUUGGGCCACUGAAGAGCAUGCAGCAAUGGGUAUCGACCAACCCAGUAGACAAAGUUGCGGGAUUGGCGUUUGUCAUGGGGUCCGAGAAGAUACCGGCAUACUAUGAGAGCCAGUCUCUCGAGGACGCAUGGACAGCACUCGUGAAUUCGAUGGAUACGCUCUAUCGGGGACAGUUAUUCUUCUCGUGUCCUGAACCGGGAAAUGCAGGCACAAAAUGGCGGCCAUCGUGGGAGCAGCUUAUGAUGAAGCCUCUUCCCGCAUAUGAUUUUGACCCCAACGUCUCUGUUGAUCGGGAUGAGGCAGAGGAAGAAGACUCGGUUGAUGAGGUGUGCAUUGAAAAGGGGUUGGUGCAGGGGUUGGCUGUCGUUGUAGAAGGGGGUGAUCGACAUGGAAAGUUGAUUGUUAAAGACAAGAGUGGGAUAGAACAUGGAUUCGGGAUCACUGCCACACACGAGUACCCGAUACCUGAAGACACUUAUACACUGAUUUCUGCUCAUGACUGGGUACAUUUAGUGGUCGCUACUAUUGUAUCGUUGGGCGAAGCCUGCUAGGGAAAAGGUUCGAGAAAGUGUCGAUGCUGGAAAUUUCUGAGGAAGAACAGUGCAAAUUAGAGGAUCUGCAUAUGCUGAAGUGUGUCGAUAUAUUCUUAUUUGAGCGAGUACACAUUGCACAGUAUCUUUUUUUCCUGCCAUAGCAGGUUCACCAAAUCAUUCAUCGACUACAAUACAGUUACAUAAGACAAUAACGCAGACAGCUCUACCAAAAAUACAAAAAUCACUCCUCCAUGGCAUCAUCACUAUCAUCCUCAUCACUGUCGGAAUCUUCACCCUCCGCAACUUCGAUAUCGUUCCAAUCCGAUAUCAUGAUCCGCCCCUACGUAUGAAUCGCAAGAUCACAUAUAGUUUCAAC